AUGACUGUUAUUAUUAAUGUUCCGCUUACAAAUAAUUAUUAUAAAUACAAAACGGGGUACGCAUGUCUAAUGUAUUACUCUUCUAUACACAUAUCAGCAUAUGGCACAGACUUGAUAACAUUACAUCGGUUCGAAAUACCGGCAAUAGCUCAGUUGGUAGAGCGGGAGACUGUAGUGAGGAAAACCUCAACGCUGAUAUCUCUAGGUCGCUAG